GCAAACGAUCACUGCCUUCUCUCUCUCUCUCUCUCUCUCUCUAUCUCUCUCUCUGGUGUUCGGUCGGUCGGCCGGUCGGUCCAAGGUGCGUCCAUGGAUUCCGAGGAAGACAUCCUGGGAAGCAACAGCGUCGAGGAUGUCGCUUGGCUGUGUUCUCUGUCGGAAUCGGAGCUCGAUCUUCUGAUGAGCUUGAAGGCGCUGGCGCUCCAACGAGCGAGGGUGAUCGGCCGGGAGCAUCUCGCCGAGAGGUUCGAUCUGAAGAUGCUCCGAGCCAUGGGGAUGAUUUUAAUGGAGCAUCUCAAAGGGAAGGUUAAGGAUUUGGAAGGAAUCCCUGGUUUGGCUGGUUCUGCCUCACAUCUAGAUACAUCCAAUUUAUUGAAGUCGAGUCUUGAGAAUGGUACGACACUUGAGGACAUAAAGGCAUGUCUGGAUACUCAUUUGAAGAAAGGACCAUUAAAGAGGCAACGCGAAGAAGUGACGCCAGAGGAGAAAAGGCAGGAUGAUGAAAUGUAGAAGUUUAUAUGACCUCAUCAAUUCGAAGGGACGAGUAGAAGAUUUUAUAAGCCCUAGAUGCUUCCUUUGUUGUUUGCACUGAUAACAUACACAACAAUACAGCAAAUCUCAGUUGUCAUUUGCUCAGCGCAUUUCUGAAGCUAUGCGGUAAAGAAACUAGUGCGGGCGAUUUUCUCAUAGCAUAUACAUUGUUAUGACUCUAAUAUAUAUGUCACAUUAAUUGAUCAAGGGUCCUUUCUGUCAUGGAUAAAGCGCAACCGUUGAAAGAACCAUCAGUCGGUGUACUCAUUGGUUAAUUCACUCUCGCCUUGUCAUAUUCUCUCCUUACUGAGAUCUCUGAGUGUGGUCGAGCUGUGACAUUCGAAGAGGUUGCUGGCAUUUACAUAAAAACCUAUAUGUUGUUGACGGAGAUGCACCUUUCUAUUCAUGUGUGUGCUAGCAUGUGCUUAUUUUUA